GGUGCGGACAUCACACAACACCAUGGCUACUCCACGGUCUGCAGCAACUGCAGAGUCUCUUGCGACUUUAGCAGAUGCAGUCAACCAGACGCUUGUUGAUACUGGACGUUUCUUCAAAAGCUCCGGUUCUUUACAAAGCCGCGCACAGCUCAAGGCAUCCAUUCCCGCGUCAUAUCAGAGAUUUCAAACCGCUUUGGACACAUUGACUGAGCAAAUAUUUAUUGCAAAGGCGUUUUUGGAAAAGGAUUAUGAGAAUGCGACUGCGAAGAGACUGGCGCCAAAGCCGGAGGCCAAACAAGAACCAGCACGCAUCUCUGCUCCUGCGCCUCCACCAUCAGAAGAUAUCCUUAUGUCUGAGGCACCGCUUCCGACUGUAGGCGAACAGGUUAAAGAGACUGUUGAGAAACUAGAGCACACCGAGAAACCUAUCAAGACAGAGCCUGCAACUUUGCCAGACUCUGGACUUUUUACUGAACAACAAGAACAUAACGCGGAACCUGUUACUACAACGGAACCGACUAUUGCUCCAAAAGUGGAGGAAGUAACCGAAAAAGGCAAUCAACCGCCCGUCAGUAUGGGCGACGAGAUGAACUUUGACCAGAUGCUGGCCACUACCGGCCAGCCACCAAAUGAUUUUGAUCUAAACUUCAACUUCGCCAACGACGCGAUAGGAGACCAGAAUUUCCUUGCAGGGGCAGAUUUUGGCAACGCGAAUACUACAAUGAGCGGAGAAACGAACAAUGACAACGGCGCAAACGCCAUAAGCUCGCUGCUUCCAGGACUCGAGAGCUACGAUACGGACAAUAAUGCUGGCGAUAAUUUCAAUUUUGAUCUACCGAAACUCGGGGAUAACCAAGGAAACGGCGUCCAGGAUGAUUUGAUGGCACCUGGUGAAUCCAGCUUUGACGAUCUGUUCAUGGAGAAGGAUAAUCUAGAGGGGGAUGAGAAUUUACUUGCAGGUAACUUGAUGGAUUUGGGCGAGCUGGACGAUUCCUGGCUCAAUUAGGAAGAAUGACAGGAACUCCAACAACAUGUUAGCCGCAGAAUGAUGUCAAAAAGAAUCAAGAGUGUAGCAUAAAGCACAUGGCAAUUCGUCUUUUCCGAUCCGCCUCUAAUCAU